GGGGAUGGAGACGUUGACUUUGUCAUUUUAAGUCAUUCUUCGGUUAGGAAGAAAGUCUUUUGCUCUGCUUUGUAGCAGCAUUAAAAUGACUUUUUGUCAAUUUUUUAAGAGAUGUAUACAUAAGCAAUGAAGGUAAACACAGGAGAAGGAGAGAUAAGAAGGCAAUAAGGGAGGAGGGCCAGCAGACAGAGUGUGAGAGCAGUGACAGAGAAAGACAGCAUAGUGUAUUGAGGUCUCAGCUUUCCAGUCAGACCUACACAACAAUUAUUAGAUAAUAGCACACAAUGCUUCUCUUAUCGUGUAUGUGGACUGCUACAAGCAUGGGAAAAAACAUUUGAUACUGGGAAGAACUUACAGCCUGCUCCGGAGACUCCAGUGAGAGAGAGGAUGUGCCUGCAGGCCCAGGGCAAACUUUGCCGGUCAAUAUGGAAAGGCUUGAUCUUGGGAACCCUCCUCACCAGUUUUUUAAUUCUGUUGUACUCUUAUGCAGCUCCACCUCUAAGUCUUAGCAGUGCAGAAAACUCUGUCUCCUUCCGUUGUCAACCACCUACAAAUUCUGGCUCCCAUCUACAAAAAGCCAAUUCUAGUUCUGGAUCUUCACUGCUCUGUGUACCAAGGCACAACCUUAUGUUCCUGAAAACCCACAAAACUGGAAGCAGCACAAUCCUUAAUAUUCUGUUCCGCUAUGGAGAGAAGCACAAUCUUCAUUUCGCCUUUCCCCGCGGGCGCAACGACUUUGAGUAUCCAAGCUAUUUUCAGCGUUGGCAAGUUGAGGGGUACCAGCCCGGCAUGUGCUUUAAUAUCAUCUGCAAUCAUAUGCGCUACCGGCAUUCCGAAGUGAACCUUCUCAUAGCUCAAGAUACCACCUUUGUCACUGUUCUCCGUAAUCCAGCUCUGCUUUUCGAAUCCUCAUUCCAGUACUUUUCUCAUGUGGUACCAUUAACAUGGACUAUUCCAGGUUCAGGGAGUGAGCAAAAGAUGGAUGCUUUUCUACGAAGUCCCCUAAGUUACUACGAUUCCAGUGGCUAUAAUGCACACUACCUGCAUAAUCUGUUGACAUUUGACCUGGGUUAUGAUAAUGAAAUCAAUGUGGGAGAUGCUAUAGUGCAAAAUAUGUUGGAGGAGCUUGAUAAACGAUUUCAUUUGGUCAUGAUGUUGGAAUAUUUUGAUGAGUCACUGUUGUUGUUGCGUGAGUUGAUGUGUUGGGAGAUGGAUGACAUACUUUAUUUUAAGCUAAACGCACGUAAAGACUCAAUUGGCUCCCGUCUAAAUCCUGAGAUACGCCAGUUGGCACAGGAGUGGAAUGCAAUUGACAUACUUAUUUAUCAACAUUUCAAUGCUACAUUUUGGAAGAAGGUAGAAAAAUAUGGAAUGGAGAGGAUGAAGAAGGAUGUCAUAGAAUUGAGGACGAAGAAUGAAGAACUAAAGCAGGAAUGUAUUGCAGGAGGUGGCCCAGUGGAUGCUAGUAAGAUUAAAGAGUCUGGUCUGCAACCAUGGCAGCCUUUUGGGGAAGCAACUAUUCAAGGAUAUAAUUUGAAUAAGAACAUUCUGCCCCAGCAUAAACAACUCUGCAGAAGUAUGCUGACUCCUGAAAUACAAUACAUGAGUCGGUUGGGAGCAGAUCUUUGGAUCACAAGACUAUGGGGUAAUAUAAGGAGACUGCUAAACUGGUGACACUCAUGUGGAAAUUGAAUGUGUAUUAACAAGACUUUGCCACAGAGAGAAAAGAACAAGAUGGUGUUUAAAAUAACAGCAGGCCAGUAAACUGACUGAUGAGAUUAUGAUAAUGUGAUGGAUACUCUUCUUUUUUUUCUUAAGUAUUUUCCUAGAAUCAGUAUUUUUUAGAAGGGUGUGCUUGUUGAACAUUGCUGCCAUAGACAGUAUCUAUACAGGGUCAUUUUUGUAAAAAUGAAAUGAGAGAAUCAUUAACUAUGCAGUGUUCUCCCCUGCAUUCUGCCAGCAAAAGCUCCGUACUUGCAUGAAUGGGACUGUGACAUGUAAAGAAGAGAGACGCAGGCAGUUUCUGAAUAUCACCUUUAUAAUAAGAAACCCAUAAAAUGAUUCUUAGUUUGUGAUGAAGGGGUGGAGAGUGUAUCUUUGAUAACAUGUAUGAUGCCCCUAGUUCUAAGCUAUCUCAUGAAACCUAAUUUAUGAUGUAUAAAUCCCCAUUAUUCUGAUCUUUUCCCAGUUUUGUGAACUAAUGUUUUUUUUUUUUUUUUGUUUUUUAUUGAGGGCUUAUAUCUGUGAGCCCAAAGUAGAAUAAUAAAACCAAAUCUAUAAUA